UCUUUCUGUGUAACCACACCAUUCAUCUCAUUAACAUUUCAUUCCUUCUUCUUCUUCUUCCUCCUCCCAUAAUAAUCUAAUAUGGCCGAUAAUAAUAAUGUGGAAUUGGAAGCCAAGUCCCAGGGCCCCCAUGCCAACCUCUACCUCUCUUCCCAGAUUAUCCUCAGAGCUUUGGUAAUUUCCUCCACAUUGGCCGCCACCUGGACCCUCACCACCGCCAAGCAAUCCGUCGUCAUCUUCGGCUUCACUUUGGACGCCCGAUACAGCUACUCCUCUGCUUUCAAAUUCUUUGCCUUAGCCAACGCUAUUGCCUGUGGCUUCUGUCUUCUGUCCCUGUGCUUUGUUUUCAUAUCAUCUCGGCAGUUGGCGUUGGGGAACCGUCAAAGAAACUUCUCCUUCUUCUUCUUCUUCUUUGUUCACGAUUUGUUGAUGAUGGGAUUGGUGGUGAGUGGAUGCGCUGCUGCCACCGCCAUCGGGUUCGUGGGGAGGUACGGGAACACCCACACAGGCUGGUCGCCCAUCUGUGACCAAUUCGCCAAGUUUUGCAAUCGCAUCACCAUUUCCAUCGCCAUCUCUUAUUUUGCCGUGCUUUGCCUCCUCAUACUCACCAUCAUCUCUGCAUAUCCAACCAAACUCCACCGCUAAUUUGGCCCAUUUUGUUGAUGUGUGAACGCGAGGUUUGGUUAAUGGGUUUAGUGAUGAUGUGUGCAUUUUCCAUCUUCUUUGUCCUUA